AUGCCUUCUUUCUGGCGGCGUCCCUUCCGCAGCGGCGAAGAGGCCCAACCUGCCGAGGUAGAAGAGCGCGGAUCAACAUCAGAUAGUGAUCCCUCUGAGCUCGUCGCUGGAGAUACCCACUACAUCGCUGGCAAGGGAGCUAACAACAAAGAGACGUCUUACCAAGAUGCCUCUGGUGCCCCUGUGGAAGAAUCAUCGCCCUUGGGAUACCACGUCGGACCCAUGACAAUUUUGUUCCUCAAUGUGAGCAAGAUGAUUGGCACAGGCAUCUUUUCAACUCGAUCUGCAGCUUCAACAAUUCUCGCGGGCACCGGCAGCAUAGGACUAAGUCUGAUAUGGUGGGCUCUUGGCUUCUUGACAUCGAUCACGGCGUUUGCUGUGUAUCUCGAAUUUACCGCCUACUUUCCCUCGCGAUCUGGCGCCGAGGUGGUUUAUCUCGAACAAGCGUUCCCGCGACCACGCUGGCUGUUCUCAACGGCAUUUGCGUUUCAGUCCGUCAUCCUAUCAUUUAGCAGCGCAAACUCAUAUGUAUUGGCUCAAUAUAUUUACAAAAUGACGGAUCAUAAUCCAACCGAUUGGCAACUAAAGGGGGUGGCCAUAGCUGGUUUUACCGUCGCCCUUCUAGUCGUCAUCUUACACAACAGAUUUGCAUAUCAUUUGGCCAAUGCCAUUGGAUUUGUUAAGAUGGCUACAUUGGUGUUCAUCUCGAUAACCGGAUUCGUGGUCCUCGGAGGACAUACUCGCAUUGAGAACCCAACGGCCAACUUCCAUAAUUCUUUUGAAGGGAAAGCUACCGCAUACGGAAUUACGAAUGGCUUGUACAAAAUCAUUUUCUCCUAUGCGGGAUUCGAAAAUGCUUUCAAUGUCGCCAAUGAGGUCAAGAACCCUGUGAAACAGAUCCGACGGCAAGGUUACAUUGCUAUCUGGUCUGUCAGCAUUCUUUACAUUCUCACCGUCGUCGCUUUCUAUGCUGCGGUCCCAAAGCAAGAUAUCAUCAAGAGCAAACUCACCGUUGCCAAUCAGUUCUUUAUAAAUGUGUUUGGAAAUACCAAGCAAGUCAAGGCCCUCAAUUUUUUGAUUGCAAUUAGUGCCUUUGGCAAUCUUGUGGCAGUUUUAAUCGGGACGUCGAGAAUCAUUCGGGAGUGUGGCCGGCAGGGCGUACUCCCGUGGCCCAAGUUUUGGGUCUCAACAUAUCCUCUCGGUACUGCCCUCGGACCGUAUCUGUUCAAAUACGGCAUCACGCUUAUUAUGAUCCUUGCUCCUCCUGCUGGUGAUGCCUUCAACUUCGUCAGCGACCUUCGCAUUUACCCUGGUUCCUUCUUCGACUUCUUGAUGAGCGUCGGUCUCCUCAUCGUAAGACACAAGCGAAAGGCUCUCAAUCUACCAAGACCGGAGUUCAAAGCCUGGGACAUCGUCAUUUGGUUCAGCAUCCUGAAAAACCUCUAUCUCCUCAUUAUGCCCUGGUAUCCUCCAGCAGGGGGAGCAACAGGUGGCGACGUGAGUUUCUGGUAUGCUACAUAUGUAGUCACUUCAAUUGGCAUUUUAUUGGCCUGUGUCGCUUAUUAUUGGCUUUGGAUUCACGGCAUUCCUUAUUUCCGAGGCUAUAAGAUCCGGGAGGAGGUUGUUACCCUUGAUGACGGGUCAAAGAGCCAUCAGUUGAUCAAAGUGCCAAAUGCUGAAGUGGAAGAGUGGGAUAAGACACAUGAUCACGCUGGACGGGUAAUUACAGAGGCUACGGAAGUGAGUGGUAAGACAGCCAGUAACGUCUUGGUGGUCGGAAAGGAUAGCGCUGUAUCCAGCACACAAUGA